AUGUCCGUCUGCCAUGCCUCGGAACCCGGGAGGAUGGCAUUGCGCUCGGAGUGGGUCCGUGCGCGGGAGCAUUCGUGAAUGACCUCCCGAGCGCUGGCGCGACCUCUCUCUCUCUCUCUUUCCUCACCGAACUCCGUCGAAGAUCCAGGCGCCACAAGACCAUCAAGUUCCUCGGAUGGUUGCGUCAAGGUUCCAAGCGAGCGGUGAUGCUGAGUAAGUACACUUCCCACCCAUCCCCCACUACUCUGAUCCACCCUGUGCAGCGCAUUACGUCGCGUUCACGCGGCAUCGGUUGCUGACUCGGACCGGGCGUGCGACGUUAUCAUCUCGACCCUCCUCCCCCCUCGCAGGCCCUCAAGCGGCGGACUAUGAUAUGUCAAUCAGCUCACCAGGUCGACCACGACCUCAAUCCAUCUACCCUCAAGGUUCCUACAACCAUCGCUGCGAGUGUGACGCUCUACUUUGUGGGUUCUCUUGCUGGCCCAGCACGCGUCAAGUUGGCCAUGGCGAAGCGGUCCAGCGCUGACCCAUAAUGUGUCUUGUCCGCCAGAACCCCGACCGAUCUCGUCAAGAGGGACUCGUUCGCAACAAUGGAUGA